GCAAGAAGCAUCAGGAAUGCAACAAACCGAUCUAAGUUGAAGAUGCUUCAUCAUAUUGGUAGCAAACCUAUUCGAGAGAUUAUUUAUCAAAAGGGUGGGAAAGAUGGCAAUCCACCAGAUUUGGCGACUAUUUUCUUUGAGACUCGUAAGAAAGAUAACAAGCUUGUUGAACCUGAAGCAAUUGAAAAACAUGCUCAACUUGAGGAAAUAGUUCAAGAAGAUCCAUCUCUAUCUAGUAUAGAGAUUGUUGAAAAAUGUUGUGGACCACAAACUCGUAGCCAUGUAUUUGGAUUUGGGGGUGGAGUAAAGGCAAAAGAUUUGAAAGGUGGAACUUCUUCAAAGGCUGAACUAUUGUCUGCGCUACGUUCAACUUGA